CAAGCUGAACCCACCUGACAAACUGUCACAAUUGCAACCACCUUCCAAGCAGCCGCACGUCAUCGGAUCGGACUGUGGAGUUUAUACUUGCCUGGACUUUAAAUCGUGGAGAAGAGAGAGAUCAGAUUGGGAACAUACCUUGCUUGCAUCUGUGAAUUCAUCCAACUCGGAGUUUGGGUUUCAUCCUCAGACGUCCGCGGCUGAUUUUGUCACCAUGCCAACAGGAUCUGUAAGGCUCCACAGCAUAAAAAAACUGGGACAGGAAAACCACAGCUAUGAAGUUUCAGACGAAGGACCAGCGGGCUCCUAUAUGUCGAUGACUAAUUCAAAGGACAAGGAGAAGGUUCAAGGAAACCAAGAGCAACCUGCCAUUAGAGUCGGCUUCUUCCAGCUGUUCCGCUUUUCCACUUGCAAGGACGUCGCGAUGAUGAUAGUGGGCAGCUUUUGCGCCGUGCUGCACGGCUCGGCCCAGCCGCUCAUGCUGCUGGUGUUCGGCCUGCUCACCGACACCUUCAUCGAGUACGACAUCGAGCUCAACGAGCUGAGAGACGACCGCAAGGAGUGCGUGAACAACACUAUCCAGUGGAAGACGAACUACACCGUAGUCCAAGACCCGACUCGGCCUCUGAACCAGUCGGAUCUGGACCUCAUCAUCAACUCCACGUUAGAGAUGCUCAUUCCACUCAGAAACAUGUCAUGUGGGAUUCUGGACAUCGAACAUGAGAUGACCAUGUUUGCUUUCUAUUAUGUUGGGAUUGGAGUAUCUGUAUUCUUGCUAGGAUACUUUCAGAUCUCUCUGUGGGUGACAGCCGCUGCCAAACAGAUUCAGCUCAUCAGAAAAAUGUACUUCAGCAAAGUGAUGAGGAUGGAGAUCGGCUGGUUUGACUGCACCUCUGUUGGGGAGCUCAACACUCGCAUGUCAGAUGACAUAAACAAGAUCAACGACGCCAUCGCCGACCAGGUCGCCAUAUUUGUCCAGCGCUUCACCACAUUUGUGUGCGGCUUCUCCAUCGGGUUCGUGAAGGGAUGGAAGCUGACGCUUGUCAUCAUCGCUGCCAGUCCAUUGAUUGGGGUUGGAGCGGGCCUCAUGGCUCUGUUCGUGGCCAAGUUGACAGGGAUGGAGCUGCAGGCCUACGCUAAGGCCGGCGCUGUGGCCGAUGAAGUCCUCUCUUCCAUCAGGACUGUCGCUGCUUUUGGAGGGGAGAAAAAGGAAGUGGACAGGUAUGACAGGAACCUGGUCUCGGCGCAGCGAUGGGGCAUCAGGAAGGGGAUGAUCAUGGGAUUUUUCACUGGGUACAUGUGGCUGAUCAUCUUCCUGUGUUAUGCACUCGCCUUCUGGUACGGUUCCACUCUGGUGAUCGACACUGAGGAGUACACACCAGGAACGCUGCUGCAGGUUUUUUUCGGGGUGCUGGUUGCAGCCAUGAAUUUGGGUCAGGCCUCCCCAUGUUUGGAGUCGUUUGCAGCCGGCCGCGGAGCUGCUACUAUAAUAUUUGAGACUAUUGACAGAGAGCCAGAAAUUGACUGCUUAUCAGAGGCUGGAUACAAGCUGGACCGUGUCAAAGGAGAUAUUGAAUUCCACAAUGUGACCUUCCACUAUCCAUCCAGACCGGAAGUUAAGAUCCUGGACCAGCUCAGCGUGGUGGUGAAGUCAGGUGAGACCACCGCCUUCGUGGGGUCGAGCGGAGCGGGGAAGAGCACCGCCAUCCAGCUCAUUCAGCGCUUCUACGACCCUAAAGAAGGCAUGGUGACGCUGGACGGUCAUGACAUCAAAGGCCUGAACAUCCAAUGGUUGCGCUCUCUGAUUGGGAUAGUGGAGCAGGAGCCUGUACUGUUUGCCACCACCAUCGCGGAGAACAUACGCUACGGUCGACCCGGGGUGUCUAUGGCGGACAUCAUCACUGCUGCAAAGGAGGCGAAUGCGUACAACUUCAUCAUGGACCUUCCACAGAAAUUUGACACAUUGGUGGGUGAGGGCGGGGGCCAGAUGAGCGGAGGGCAGAAACAGAGGAUAGCCAUCGCUCGGGCCUUGGUCAGGAACCCUCGUAUCUUACUGCUGGACAUGGCAACUUCUGCUUUGGACAAUGAGAGUGAAGCUAUCGUUCAGGAAGCUCUGGAUAAAGUACGCAUGGGACGCACCACCAUCUCUAUUGCUCACCGACUGUCCACCAUAAAGAACGCAGACAUAAUUGUUGGCUUCGAGCAUGGCCGGGCGGUGGAGAGGGGAAAACAUAAUGAACUGCUGGAGAGGAAGGGGGUGUACUUCACUCUUGUCACCCUGCAGAGCCAGGGAGACAAGGCUUUGAAUGAGAAGGCCCGGCAAAUGGCUGAGGGUUUAGAGCCGGAGCCAGAGAGGUUAAAUCUAUCCAGAGCAGGCAGCUAUCGCGCCAGUUUAAGAGCUUCGAUCCGCCAGCGCUCCCGGUCCCAGCUUUCCAACCUGAUCCCGGACUCCUCGGUUCCCAUCACUGGAGACCUCGGCCCCGGAGCCUACUCUAUGUCUCAAGAAGACAAAUAUAAGAAAUCCACGCCAGAGGAGGAGGAGGAGGAGCCGGUGGAACCUGCUCCAGUUGCCAGAAUUUUAAAGUACAACGCUCCAGAGUGGCCCUACAUGGUGUUUGGAUCUCUGGGGGCUGCAGUCAAUGGAGGCGUUAACCCAGUUUAUUCGCUGCUGUUCAGUCAAAUCCUGGCGACCUUCUCUGUGACAGACCCCGACGCUCAGAGGAGAGAGAUUAAUGGAAUCUGCGUGUUCUUUGUCAUGGUUGGAGUCGUCUCCUUCUUCACCCAGAUGCUGCAGGGUUACGCGUUUGCCAAGUCCGGAGAGCUGCUGACCCGCAGGUUGAGGCGAAUUGGGUUUCAGGCCAUGCUGGGCCAGGAAAUCGGUUGGUUUGAUGAUCACAGGAACAGCCCCGGAGCUCUGACCACACGCCUGGCGACCGACGCCUCGCAAGUGCAAGGGGCCACAGGCUCCCAGAUCGGCAUGAUCGUCAACUCUCUGACCAACAUCGGCGUGGCCAUCAUCAUGUCCUUCUACUUCAGCUGGAAGCUCACUCUGCUCAUCCUCUGCUUCCUGCCCUUCAUCGCGCUCUCUGGUGGCUUCCAGGCCAAGAUGCUCACAGGUUUCGCCAAGCAGGACAAGCAGGCCAUGGAAUCAGCCGGGCAGAUUUCGGGCGAGGCCUUGAACAACAUUCGCACCAUCGCCGGCCUGGGGAAGGAGCGGAGCUUCGUGGAGAAGUACGAGGCGCACUUGACCGCACCGUAUCAAGCGGCCUUGAAGAAGGCGAACGUCUACGGCGCUUGUUAUGGCUUCGCACAGUGCGUGGUCUUCUUGACGAAUGCCGCGUCCUUCAGGUUCGGAGGCUACCUGGUGGAACAAGAAGGGCUCCAUUUCAGCUUGGUGUUCAGGGUGAUCUCAGCCAUCGUCACCAGCGGCACCGCUUUAGGCAGAGCCUCGUCUUACACUCCCGAUUACGCCAAGGCCAAGAUCUCAGCGGCACGCUUCUUCCAGCUGCUGGACCGCGUACCUCCAAUCAGCGUCUACAGCAACAGGGGAGAAAAAUGGGAUAACUUCCAAGGGAACCUUGACUUCAUCGAGUGUAAGUUCACCUACCCCACCAGGCCCGACAUUCAGGUCCUGAACGGCUUGAAUGUCUCGGUGAAGCCCGGUCAGACGUUAGCCUUCGUGGGUAGCAGUGGCUGCGGGAAGAGCACCAGCGUCCAGUUGCUGGAGAGGUUCUACGAUCCGGAUAACGGGAAAGUGCUGAUUGACGGCCAUGAAUCAACCCGCGUCAACGUGCCCUUCCUUCGUUCCAAGAUCGGCAUCGUUUCUCAAGAGCCCGUUCUGUUCGACUGCAGCAUUGCAGAGAACAUCAAGUACGGCGACAACUUACGGGAAAUUGGCAUGAAUGAAGUCAUCUCAGCCGCCAACAAGGCCCAGCUUCAUGACUUUGUGAUGUCGCUCCCAGAGAAAUAUGACACCAACGUGGGCUCCCAGGGUUCUCAGCUGUCUCGUGGUCAGAAACAGCGCAUCGCCAUCGCCAGGGCGAUCAUACGCGACCCCAAGAUCCUGCUGCUGGACGAGGCCACCUCGGCCUUGGACACGGAGAGCGAGAAGACCGUGCAGGAAGCCCUGGACAAAGCCAGAGAGGGACGGACAUGCAUCGUCAUCGCUCAUCGCCUCUCCACCAUUCAGAACUCGGACAUCAUUGCCGUCAUGUCCAGGGGCUUCGUGAUCGAGAAGGGGACGCACGACCAGCUCAUGGCCCUGAACGGGGCCUACUACAAGCUGGUGACGACGGGGGCGCCGAUCAGUUAACUGAUCGCAGGCCCAGCAGGAAGUGCUGUCUUGGAGAUAAGGACUGAAAGCAUGCCUAGCUUGACAUCGAGUAAACAAAAAGGGUGGAAAAGCCAAUUGUUGCGGUAUUUAUUUUUAUGAUGGUAUCUUGAGAAGAAGAUGGGGAUUUCAGAGAAGGGAAAUCAAGAGAUGUUGUGCUUUUUGCUGCUCAGGUGUUUGUUUCUUACAGCUUUGCAAUUGUACAAAAUUGUACUGUUCUGAAUUAGUUGCUGGCUGUAGUGCAGGAAAUUACAUUUCUACAUUAGAACUUGGAUUUAACUUGAAUUUUGAUUUACUCUUUGUCAACUCAGUGAUUAAUUUGUAAUGGAAGAAUAUAUUUGGUGUUGUUUUGAUUUUUGCAUUUUAGUGUGAGUCUGUGUAUCCGUUCAAGCCAUUUUUGUGUUAGGAUUUUAAUUUUUUUUACUUUUGUUCCAUAAACAUAACUUGACAGAUUUGUGAUGGAUGAUAAUGAAAGUUAUUUGAAAGUGAGAAGAUUUGAAUCUCCUGUACGGCAAGUACAAAAAAAAGAGUGGACGCAUCAUGUACAUCACCUCUAGCUUUAGCUGUAAAAUUAGCAUCCACAUUUCUGGAAGCUUCUGACUGUUAACCAGAAUGGUUAAAAUCAAUGACAUAAAACCAGCCUGCAUGUAUUUUUUUUCACUUAUGUAUUUGUUUGAUACUGAAAUAAAGCUUUCACCUUUCAUGAA